GUAAAAAACUUUCAGAUAAUCCGCCUUUCAAUUUUUGAUCGAUGAUUGUUGAGUCUGUUGUGCAUCAGCGAAGAGCCGAGAGAGGAUAAAAGGCGUCAUCGUAGGUGAAACCGAAAAUUUACCAUCAAACAAAACACAAAAUUCAAUGUCCGCGUCGUGAAAGCAUAUACGGGUUCAAUAUCAUAUUUUUCGGUGUUCAAUUAUUCCAUACAGCGGUGCACUGUCGAUAAGAAGCGUGUGGGCCAGCCCAAGUGGAAAAAAUGAAAGGAAGUUUUGGCUGAAGAAGUACGUGAACGUUUUGUUAUUUUAUUUGUUGGUGAUUGCGUGGUCAGCUUCUAUUUGGUGCACUCGAUUGUGUUUCGCCGUAAAGUUAAUAACAUUCUUGAAGGGCUGAUAAGAAGGACGAAAAGUUAUAGCCGGGUAGCAGUGAUUUUGCGCUAGUGGUGAUAACUACCAAGAGAUCUCUCAUCAAAAACCGAACCGAGGCAAUUAAUUCGACCGAAUACACAAAAUUGAUCGACGCGCAUAAAUUAAGUAAAUAGUGCCAACAUGGGUGCUAUAAUAUCAAGAUUUCGGAAAGAGAAAACAACCUACGAAAAACUGGAAAACCUGGAGGAGAAAAUCAGAGACAUCGAAGCAUACACGAUCAGCACUCAAGCUCGGCAAAAACGAUUCGUGGGCAACUUUCUGGUCAUCUCCAUCGGGCUGUACGUGCUGUCUUUUUUGGUGUACUAUUUUGCAUUCUUUCCGCCAACAUGGAACGAACGGAUUGUUCAUUCGCUGCCACUGCUAAUUUGUCCCAUGAUCAUAACUUUGGUUAAGAAAAGCCUGGCAUGGUACUUUGAGCGGAAAGUGAUAAUAAACACAAACGAGCUGAAAGAGUUGCGGGCGGAAAAGAAAAAAAUACUGGAAAAAGUAAUGGACAAAGAGACCUACAAGGUAGCGGUAGAUAUCCUGAACAGGUUUGGCGAAAAAUCACACAAAGCACAGACGCAGUCGUUAAGCUCCCUGUCGCCUCCCAAGGGAGCUCAGUUCCUCUCCGUGACUCCGAAGGGAGUUCCCCAGCUUAGGCCUGCUAUGGCGCCUCAGUCUUCGCCUGGUCCCCAAAUGACACCGAUCGGGGCUCGACCGAUGCCAGCAACACCGAUCGGGUUUAAUGUGAACGUUAGACAACCUACACCGAUGGCGUAUCAACAGCAAUCAGCCAGCUUCAUUCACAGACCUGUUGGGAUAGGAGGGCCACAAACGAUGCCCUACCGACGUACGCCUUUUCCCAUCAUCAAUCACAGUGAGAAAGGGGUAAUCGAGAAAAUGGUCGACUAUCUGGUCGGUGAUGGACCGAACAGUCGAUUUGCGAUGAUUUGCAGAGAAUGUACGAUGCAUAAUGGUAUGGCUCUACAGGAAGAGUACGAAUAUACUGCCUUCCGGUGUGCCUUCUGUGGGGCAAUCAAUCCGGCGAAGAAACAACGGCCGGUGGCUCCUAGACUACCGUUCGAGCAGGCUCAAUUGGAUAAGUUAGCUGAGUUGCGCCGGUCUAGCCAGUCAGUAUCCGAGUCGGAAGCGUCUUCGCCCGAGGAUAGUCACUCUGCAGAACCCGUAGCUGCCGAUCAGGAUGACACACCAGAAACCGAAGCCCCUGUUGAAGAGGGCGUGUUCGAGGAAAGUGACGACAGUGAUCCGGAAAUCGAAACGUUAAUUGCACCACCGGAGGAGCCUGAAGCUUGUGCAGGGGAACCGGAAGUUGACAAUCAAGAGAUUUUAGUCAGUAAGGAAACCAUAUCGACCGCGGCUGAAAUGAGAACGGACUGAAAACAUUUUAUUUUCUAUGCUGCACAAGCCAUGGAGUGGACGCUCCCAGAUUUGUUAGCCUAUGUUCUACAAACUAUGCGCAGACUGCACGAAACUCCUUGCAUGACUUUGUAUAGUGCUACAGUUCAUGAAGAACAGUACACACAGCAAAGCCAUGUCCAACGGAGUCAUCUUCGAGCUAACCGGCAGUUAAUCUUAUGCAUACAAAGAAAGCAGUUAGUCUCAUGCAAAAUGAUGUAAUUUGCUUGAUUUCUUACUCGUCUUUUCCUUAUUUUAACCGAAGCAGCAGUUUUACUUCCAUAGUUCUGACACUGAUGGUUUUUUUUAAUUCCUAAUUAUAUCUUCAUAGUUGUACUCGCGUCUAGUUUCGAUGGUGAUUAUUUAGAUGAAGCAUUUUUUUCUUAUUUGAGGCAGUUAUUCAGUUACGGUAGAUUUCAUUGCGUAGUAAAUAGAUUCAAAAGCAUUAGAGGGCCAAGCAUUUAUGUGACCAGAAAAUUUCUAUUUAAAAAAACGGUCGAAAAGUUAUACACGCAAACCGAUAAAAAGGGACAUGUUAUACUAGAUGGGAUAAGCUUUAGAGGAAUCGUGUGGCUGGCCGUUUACUGUAAGCAAAGGAGUGGGAAGGAAAAUGCAAAAUUUAAUUUAUUGAGCUUUUGAAUUUGAGUGUUUAUACUAAAUGUAGAUUUGUUAUCCUUUUUAUAAGAAAGCAUACAACACAUUGAUAUAGCGAUGGUGACAAAUAAAGCAUUGUUAGUUGCAUUGGA